AUGGAAGCGGUCCGGUCCUCAUGUGAAAACCGCCCUCAGGAAAACUGGGCAAAAACCGGUGAAUUGGCCGAAAACCGGCCGCCAUCUGAGAAGCACCAGCCCAGUCGCCCUCCAGCGUCGCCGCGGUCUCAGGUGGUCAGCGCCGCCGCCGUCGCCUGGUUCCCCAGCACCAGUAGCCCUCCUGCCCCUCCAUCGUCUUCACUCUUCAGCUUCUCAACAAAAAAGCCCUCUCAUCGUCUUCAUCGUCGCGUGGUCCUCAACACCGGAAGCCGGCCGUCGAACCCAGUUAUGGAUAAUGUUGUUAAUCAAGAAGCAAUUGCUGAUAACAAUGCUUCUGUGAAUAAUGCUGCUAAUUCAAAUGAUGCUGCUAAUCCUAAUCCCCCUAGUGCUAACGAUAGUCAGUCACAAGGUUCUUCUAACCUACGGGAAAAAACAGAUUUAGCUUGGAAAUAUGUUGCUCUACAAAUGGUGAAUGGAAAACCACAAUACCAAUGUUUAUUUUGUCUACAAGUUUUCAAUGGAGGUGGAAUUCACCGGAUGAAGAAACAUCUAGCAAAGAUUACUGGAGACGUGAAAAAAUGUCCUAAAGUUCCAUAUGAUGUGGAGAAACAGAUGGAAAGCUUGUUGAAAGAAAUUCAGACCAACAAAAACAAAAGAAAAGUUAGUUUUAGUGAAGAGGGUGGUGAUGAGGUAGAGGAUGCAAUUGAUGAAGCAAUAGCCCAAGAAGAACAGCAGCGUACUUCGAGUCAGCAAGUGGUUGGAGGCGAUCCAAAGAAAAAAGCCAAAGUCAUUCCUGCUAUGUUUGCACCAAGAACGACGCCAGGAGCUCAACCAAGUAUUAGGAGUGUUUUGCAAAACAAAGAGGCGAUACACGAGGUUGAUAAACGGUUUGCUCGGUGGAUGAUGGAUUGUAAAAUUCCAUUUAAUGCAGUGAUGUCGCCAUUUUUCCAAGAUAUGUUGGAUGGUGUUGCUGGUAUUGGACCUGGUUACAAGGGUCCUUCUUAUGACAAGUUAAGGGUUCACUUGUUGGCUGAUCUUAAAAGAGAAGGUCAAAUGGUAGUUGAUAGUUAUAGGAGUGCAUGGAAGGAAACUGAAUGUACCCUCAUGGCUGAUGGUUGGACAGAUCAAAGACAAAGGACGUUAAUCAAUUUCCUGGUGUAUUGUUCUAAAGGUUUGUGCUUUGUGAAAUCAAUAGAUGCUUCCAGUAUUGUUAAAAAUGCCCAACACUUGUGUAAUUUGUUUUCUGAGGUUAUUGAAUGGAUUGGCCCUAAUAAUAUUGUGCAUGUUGUGACUGACAAUGCGGCCAAUUAUGUUGCUGCUGGUAGGCUUAUCAAUAGAAACUAUGAUAAUAUCUAUUGGUCACCAUGUGCUGCUCAUUGCCUUAAUCUUAUUUUAAAAGAUAUAAGCAGCAUGGCGCAUAUUUCUAACCUUGCAACACGCGCUUCAAAGAUCACAGUAUUUGUGUACAAUCAUACGGUUUUCUUAUCUUGGCUAAGAAAAAAACCUCAUUGGAGAGAAAUUGUACGUCCUGGUCCCACCCGUUUUGCAACUGUGUUUAUCACAUUGAUGAGCAUCUUUGAACGUAAAAAGGAUUUGCAAGCAUUGGUUGUAGAUUCAAUUUUCACUGAUCACAAAUUAGGAAGGAGUGCUACUGGUAGAGCUGUGAGUGCUACUAUCUUGGAUUGCAAAUUUUGGGAUGAUUGCUUUACUGUAUGUAAACUUGUGGGCCCUCUAAUUAAAUUGCUGAGGCUUGUUGAUGGCGAUGACAAACCUUCUUUGGGAUAUGUUUAUGAAGGAAUGCAAAGGGCAGAAGAUGCAAUUAAAGAGAUGUUUAGGCAAAACAAGACUGCAUAUCAGCCGUACACAGAUAUUAUCAACUCAAGAUGGGACAAGCAUUUGAAGAAACAUCUUCAUGCGGCAGCUUACUUCCUGAAUCCUUCAUUCUUUUUUAAUGAAAAUUUUAAGGAAGAACCUGAUGUUAUGCGAGGUUUGCUUGAUAUUGUUACCUCGUAUUGCAAGUGUAACAAUUUGGAUUCAGUUGAUGCAAUGAAGGAAAUACAGUUAUAUAGAGAUCGGAAGGAAAGUUUUGAUAGACCAGAAGCUAUUCGAGCUGCAUCUCAACUUAAGCCUGAUGAAUGGUGGAGGUUAUUUGGUAGCUCUGCUCCUUGUUUACAAAAGAUAGCUGUUCGCAUUCUUAGCCAAGCAUCUGCUUCUUCUGGGUGUGAGAGAAAUUGGAGUCUUUUUGACCAGAUUCAUACAAAAAGAAGAAAUAGAUUGGAGCAUGAUAGACUGAAUGACAUUGUUAAUGUUACUUAUAAUUUGCGUCUUAAAUCCAGGAAGGAAAAAGAAAAAAGAAAGCAAAAGACACAAUAUGAUCCAAUUGAUUAUGAAAGCAUCAGUCUAGUUGACUUUUGGGUGACUGAAGAGGUUGUAGAGAAAGAGCCUGAUCUUCCUAGUAAUGUGGAUGACUUAUUGCGUGAAAUUGAUGCUGAUUUAUAUCAAAGUGGCGGUGGUAGUGGUGGUCUUUAUGCUGCAUCUGUUGAUUCUUCUGCUGAAGAGGGUGGGAAUGAAGGUGAAGAUGUUCCCACCGAAGCAGAUUUGCAACAAGUUUUUGCGGAUUUUGAUGAUUGA